GGUGGCUCCAGCUGCGUUCUGUGCUGUGGCAGAUGGCGCUCCUCAAGGAUAUGCUGCGCAUUGCAGUCUGAUGGCCUGGCAACAUGCAGAGGAGCAAAGUCAAGGGGGAAGCGGAGGGGCCCGCUCGCUUUCGCGGCGCUGGCGUUAUGAUCAACCGGGUCUUCGAGGCUCGCGUCAAGCAGCUACACGUCACUGGGCAGCGCCACACCAGCCCACGGGCGCACUCUCCCAGGCUUCGCCCACAGCGGCCCGAGGUGGGAGAUGCCAUCUCAAGACCAGACACUGCUGUUGAGAUGGCAGACCAAGAAGUUCACAUGAUCCAGCCGUGGUUCAACCUCCUCGCUCCAUGCCGCGAUAGUCUGAUGGGCUUUUCGAUGGACGAGGUGAAAUGGAGCCAGUCGCCGGGACCGAGCCGUGAGUUCUCCGUUCGGAGCCGGACGGGUGCUCGGAGCAGCCUGACUCGAACGCCCAUGGACAGCCGUGCAGCGAGCGCGGAGAGCUCAAGGCCGCCUAGUUGUCAGGUGCCCUUGCUGCCUCGGCCAAAGCUGGAUGAAGGCACCGAGACGGCUGCGGCGGUUUGGCCGCCGGGCUCGGCCCGCUGGCGGCGGCUCCAAGUUGUUCGCCGCGAUGCGCACGAAAACCAAACCGAGCGCCAGGCGAGCCCGGCGCCACGGAUUUCCAAGCCUGCGCCGUCCGCGCCGUCCGCGCGGAAGCCACGCACACCAGGGCCAAGGAGUAGGCGGUGGUGGGAACUCUGAAGGCGCUCGAGCCGUAGCAGAAAAGCAAAGACGUGUCCGCAGAGAUUCUCGCCUUGAGACUCUUUGAGACGCAUGCCAGGCGACUUUGAUCCAAGCUUGCAGGAGUCCUGAAAACUGGAUUCCCCAUGCAAGAUUCGCUUGGGCUCUCACCAUUGU